ACCAACCCACAAAAUUCAAAUUAUUGAGUUUGGUUCACCAGUGCAUUAUUCAUGCCAGUUUGUACAUUUAGCUGAAUGGAACCAACUCUCAAUCAGCUGGAAAUAUUUUUUUUUUAGUUUUAUUUUAUUUCUGGAAAUUGUAUUUGCUGUAGUAGUUUUAACAGAAAAGAACCAAGCUUGGUUCUUUAAUAAACAUACUACAACAAUUUGAUAGUAUAGAACCAAGUGGGUUGGCUCCCGAUUUUUGAACAGAUAAACCUAUGAAAUAUUUCUUCAGAGAGGAACCAAGUGGGUUGGUUCUGUUCAGCUUUAUACUGUAUGUGCUACAACAUCAGCUGUCAUCACUGUCAUCAGCUUUAAUACUGUGUUGCUAUUCAGGUUAUGUCUGAUUAGAAGAUUCAGUUGUUUAUAGUAAGUCGAAAAGAAUGUCAAGAGGACAAUACUUGGUGGAUUUGGCCAAAAAGAAAACAGGCGAGUCAAUCAACAAGGACUUUGAUCAACCAAAGCCAUCCAAUCAAGGCCUAUUUGAAUCACCUGAUAAAGAUGGUGUUCCUCUGCGAAGUGAAGAACAUCCAACUUCUGACACUGGGGACCUUCUCACUGGCAAUACUGUUGUAAUGGACAUUGAUGUAAUUUCAAAUAAUGAUGAUCCGGAAUUCUUAGAAGCCCUGCAGCAUGGACAAAUAAUUAUAUAUCAAGAUCAUUUACCAGCUGAAGUAAAAGAUCAUACUUCAACAGAAUUAGACUGCAAUGAAAAUACCUCUCUUUUAGCAAAUGCAGUAGUGCAAGAUAGUGUUUUAAAUAUUUCUAGUUUAACUGAUUUAGGCCUACUGAAUAACAGUGAUCUGAUAAAUACGCUAGAUGAUGAAGGCAUUCAGUCUAACAAUACGAUUGAAACAUCAAAAUCUUACUAUAAUGAUCCUGACUGGACACCAGUUUUUGACAACAGUUAUCAUUCAGACAAAAGUGGAAGUGAUUCGGACAAAUGUGAAGAAAACUUUGAAAAUAAUAAUGAUGAAGAAACUAUCAACAACGGAUUACAAGGUACGGCCAACUCUGAUAGAAAAGCAAGAGGAAGAAAAAGAAAGUUUCCAGAACAAAACAAAGAAAUCGCAAAAAAGAGAAAAAAUAGCAAUCUUACAUAUUACAACAGCAGAGGCAACCUUCAAGAAAAAAAGCAAUUUAUAGAUGUCCAAUGUACUUGUAAACAAAAGUGCUAUGAUAGUGUAAGUAAAGCUAUUAGAACAUCAGAAUAUGAUAAAUUUUGGGAACUGGCUGACUACAAUGCCCAAAACCUAUACAUAACAUCAUGUGUUAAAGAAGAUGUAAAAAAACGUACCUAUGGAAGGGAUACAUCAAAGAGAACAUUUUCAAGGGUUUAUAAAUUACGAAAUAUACCUGUUUGUCGACAAAUGUUCACAUCAACUCUCAGAAUUUCUUCAAAAAGGGUGAAUACAGCACUUGUUAAAAUGAGGUCAAAUAUUUUGCAAGACAGACGUGGACGUGACCAAGGAGGUAGAAACCAAUUAACUGAUGACCAAAUAAAUCAUGUUAAAGAUCAAAUCAACAAAAUCCCAAAGUACAAGUCACAUUAUAGAAGGGAAAACAAUGAUUGUGAUUUUUUGCCACCCGAAAUGACACUGCAAAAAAUGUACAACAAGUAUAUUGAAGAAAAAAUUGAAACUUGUUCUCUUCAAAAGGAGUACAGUAUAAGACAGUUCAGCUGUGCAAAUCAAGAAGAAAGAAAAGGAAUAAUAAAAAGUAUUAAUGCUGUAAGCUUUUCUUCUUAUAGAAAAAUAUUCUUAAAGCACUUCAAUUUGAAAUUUAAACCGCUCAAGAAAGACACGUGCAACACCUGCGAUAGUUUUGCAGCGAGAAUAAAAUCUGCAUCUGAAGAAGAGAAGAUUGAAUUACAAGAAGAGCAUAAUAAACAUUUAGACUUGGCUAAUGAAGCUAGACAACAGCUAAAAGAGGACGGUAAACAAGCAAAGCAAAAUAACAAACUUGAAUGCCUUACUUUUGAUUUGGAGAAAACACUCCCUUUGCCUCGAAUCCCUACAAAUGUAAUUUUCUAUAAGAGGCAACUUUGGUUCUAUAAUGCUGGUGUGCAUUCACUGGGAACUGGGAGGGGGUUUUGUUAUGUAUGGACUGAGAGUGAAGCAGGAAGAGGGGCACAGGAGAUUGGUUCCUGUCUUCUCAAACACAUUGAAAAUUAUGUGGGAAGAGAGGUAGAAGACUUAGUACUCUGGAGCGAUUCAUGCGGUGGACAAAACCGGAAUGUGAAAAUUGUCCUGAUCUUGAAAGCUUGUCUUGAGGCCCACCCUUCCUUAAAAACAGUAUCCUUGAAGUUUUUAAUGCCUGGUCAUAGCUUUCUGCCGAAUGAUGCAGACUUUUCUGAUAUAGAAUCGGCUCUAAAACAUGUGCAAAGAUUGUACUUGCCUCAAGAUUACAUAGAGGUGAUUAAAAAUUGUAGAAGAAAGAAACCUUUCUGUGUUAGUAAAAUGGGAGCAACAGAUUUUAUCGGAACUGCACACUUGGAAAAAAAAAUUGUGAAUAGGAAACAAACAGAUGAAGAGAGCCCAAAGAAAAUAAGUUGGUUGAAAAUUCGAGAGAUCCAUCUGAAAAAAGAAGAACCAAUGAAGAUAUUUUCUAGGACAGAUUUUACAUCGACGUAUAAUGUCAUUGACAUCGAGAAAAAACCAACAAAGGGACGUAAAUCUACGGAUGCUCAGUUGAGUUUCAAGGAUACGCUGAUUCCCUUAUGGCCAACUGGGAAAGAAAUUGCUGCACCAAAGCUGAAGGACCUCAAAUCAAUAUUACAUCUGAUUCCCAGCGAUGCCAAACCAUUCUAUCAAUCACUUCAUGGCGAUAGAUCAGUGAUUGAUGAUAUUGAUGGUUAUAGUGGUCAUCUGGAUUUUGAAGUUGAAGUUGAGGAUGAAAAUACAGCCUAAAGCAGUAUUUUCCAAUAGAUUUAAACAUUUUUGUAAGUAAAGAUUUAAGAUGUUCAUGAUUUUACAAUAAUAAACGCAUUUUCUUGUGAAUGUUCUGUUUUGAUUAUUUUAUCCUGCUGUAUAACUCACUUUUGAAUUUUUUCAGAAAGGAACCAAACCUCAGUGCUCUUUCUGCAAAAUAAAGUUACUCAUUUUUCAUUUAAUGCAGAAAGGAACCAACCCACAAAAAGUUUAGAUAUAAAAUGAAAUACUGAAUUUGAAGGCAAGAUAACUUUAUUAAAAAACAAAUAAAAAUACUAGUGAUUCAGUACAAAAAAAAGAGUUAUAUCCCAUUCAUAUUACAUUUACAGUAUCAAUUAAACUUUGGUGGCUGUUUUCCCAAAACUGUCCAUGUGUUGAUUGGUUCCUUUCUGCUUAAUGCCGUCCAA